UGUCGUGUGGCACAUCCAUCCAUCCAGACCAGACCUGCCUCUGUUCUGUCUGCCACUGCCACCACACCAGGCUGCUGAGUAAUCUCCCGUCACGCCAUGGAAGCCCUCGCCACGACGCCCCGACCGCUCUUCGCGCGCGCGUCCCCGGCGGCAUUAUUGUUGGUCGCGACGGCUGCGGCGGCCCGGCGCCGCUCUGCCGCUCACAUCUGCAGGGCCUCCGCGGCGGCCGGGGAGGAGACGCCGCCGGCCGCUCCCAAGGCGGCAGAGGCCGCGGCGGCGCCCAAGAAGAUCCUCAAGAAGAAGCCGGUCUACUCGAUGAAGAAAGGGCAGAUUGUGCGGGUCGACAAAGAGAAAUACCUCAACAGCAUCAAUUAUCUGUCAGUGGGACACCCGCCCUUCUACAAGGGGCUGGACUACAUAUACGAAGACCGCGGCGAGGUCUUGGACAUCAGGAACUUUGAAACCGGAGAAUACGCCCUGAUCGCUUGGGUAGGGAUUCCGACGCCACCGGCAUGGCUACCAACAUACAUGCUCAUCAAGUCGGACAAGCUCGACUACGAGAGGAUAUGAUAGUCGGCGCCCGGCGGCCUCUCGCAGUCGCAGGAGACCGUAGCAUGCACGCGCCACCGCCAAGCCAUGCAUGUUUCCUGUCCUUUCCUUGGGGUCAGGACACGGUGUUGUACACAGAUGACAAUGCCAACACACAGUGAUCAGGCAAUUCUGCCACCUCGGCUGAAAUAAGGAAGACAUCGAAAGCCACGAUGACAAGAUUUCAUAAUUGCUGUUGUACAGCACUUCUUAUAUUAUAUAAUAUAGUAAACUCAUAUUUCGUACUACCUGUUCAUGCCACGUAACUUGUCACGACCCUAAUUUCAUAACCAGCGAUUUAAUUCAUGAUUA